AUGUGGCAAUUACAUCAAGUUGGGCUGACAGGGAGCUGGGCUGGCAGGCAGUUGGCGUGGCAGGACGUCGGUCCGGCAGGGCGUCCGUCCGGCGCCGAGCUGGCCCGGCGCGGACCUUGGCGUGGCGCGGACCUUGGCGAGUUUGGGGCGGCAGCCAGUUUGGGGUGGCAGCCAGUUGGGGGUGGCAGCCAGUUGGGGGUGGCAGCCAGUUCGCGGCGGCAGCCAGUUCGCGGCGGCAGCCAGUUUGCGGCGGCAGCCAGUUCGCGGCGGCAGCCAGUUCGGGGCGGCAGCCAGUUCGGGGCGGCAGCCAGUUCGGGGUGGCAGCCAGAUUGGGGCGGCAGCCAGUUUGGGGUGGCAGCCAGUUUGGGGUGGCAGCCACCAGUUUGGGGCGGCAGCCAGUUUGGGGCGGCAGCCAGUUUGGGGCGGCAGCCAGUUUGGGGCGGCAGCCAGUUUGGGGCGGCAGCCAGUUUGGGGCGGCAGCCAGUUUGGGGCGGCAGCCAGUUUGGGGCGGCAGCGAGUUUGGGGCGGCAGCGAGUUUGGGGCGGCAGCGAGUUUGGGGCGGCAGCGAGUUUGGGGCGGCAGCGAGUUUGGGGCGGCAGCGAGUUUGGGGCGGCAGCGAGUUUGGGGCGGCAGCGAGUUUGGGGCGGCAGCGAGUUUGGGGCGGCAGCGAGUUUGGGGCGGCAGCGAGUUUGGGGCGGCAGCGAGUUUGGGGCGGCAGCGAGUUUGGGGCGGCAGCGAGUUUGGGGCGGCAUCGAGUUUGGGGCGGCAUCGAGUUUGGGGCGGCAGCGAGUUUGGGGCGGCAGGGAUUUCGGGCGGCAGGGAUUUCGGGCGGCAGGGAUUUCGGGUGGCAGGGAUUUCGGCGAGUUCGGGGUGGCGGCGAGUUCGGGGCGGCAGCGAGUUUGGGGCGGCAGCGAGUUUGGGGCGGCAGCGAGUUUGGGGCGGCAGCGAGUUUGGGGCGGCAGCGAGUUUGGGGCGGCAGCGAGUUUGGGGCGGCAGCGAGUUUGGGGCGGCAGCGAGUUUGGGGCGGCAGCGAGUUUGGGGCGGCAGCGAGUUUGGGGCGGCAGCGAGUUUGGGGCGGCAGCGAGUUUGGGGCGGCAGCGAGUUUGGGGCGGCAGCGAGUUUGGGGCGGCAUUGAGUUUGGGGCGGCAGCGAGUUUGGGGCGGCAGCGAGUUUGGGGCGGCAGCGAGUUUGGGGCGGCAGCGAGUUUGGGGUGGCAGCCAGUUUGGGGUGGCAGAGAGUUUAAGGUGGCAGCGAGUUUGGGGUGGCAGCGAGUUUGAGGUGGCAGCGAGUUUGGCGUGGCAGCGAAUUUGGGGUGGCAGCGAAUUUGGGGUGGCAGGGAUUUCGGGUGGCAGGGAUUUCGGGUGGCAGGGAUUUCGGGUGGCAGGGAUUUCGGGUGGCAGGGAGUUCGGGUGGCAGGGAGUUCGGGUGGCAGGGAGUUCGGGUGGCAGGGAGUUCGGGUGGCAGGGAGUUCGGGUGGCAGGGAGUUCGGGUGGCAGGGAGUUCGGGUGGCAGGGAGUUCGGGUGGCAGGGAGUUCGGGUGGCAGGGAGUUUGGGUGGCAGGGAGUUCGGGUGGCAGGGAGUUCGGGUGGCAGGGAGUUCGGCGAGUUCGGGGUUUCGGCGAGUUCGGGUUUUCGGCGAGUUCGGGGCGGCAGCGAGUUUGGGGCGGCAGCGAGUUUGGGGCGGCAGCGAGUUUGGGGCGGCAGCGAGUUUGGGGCGGCAGCGAGUUUGGGGCGGCAGCGAGUUUGGGGCGGCAGCGAGUUUGGGGCGGCAGCGAGUUUGGGGCGGCAGCGAGUUUGGGGCGGCAGCGAGUUUGGGGCGGCAGCGAGUUUGGGGCGGCAGCGAGUUUGGGGCGGCAGCGAGUUUGGGGCGGCAGCGAGUUUGGGGUGGCAGAGAGUUUAA